AUGAAGUUCCAACUCGCCACAGUCACUGUGCUCCUCGCCGCUUUCGCCAGCGCGCUCCCCUCCAAUGGCAUGGUCAGCAAGCGAACCAACAAAGACGUCACCGCCCGCGAAGCCGAAGUGGCCGGGGCCAACUUCAACUUCACCGACGAUUUCAGCCCGGCCCUGACGAGCUUCUUCACGGCCAUCGAGAGCAUCCCGGACGACGUUCUCGCGGCGGGCGACGACGCGCUGAACGACUGGCUCGUGGCGAGCGGCAUCCGCGAGCCUGGCGUCACGCCGAAGCGGUCCGACGAGGCGCUCGACGCCCGCGACACGCCAGACACGUCCCUGUGGGAGAGGGCGCUGCUUCAGGCGCGCGUGUCGUGGUGGAAGGUGACCAAGUGCGUGGCGUCGAUCGUGCAGGCGCUCGCGACGGUGGCGAUCCCGGCCGGGAAGCUGCUGAAGAUCAAGAGGUUGAUCAAGGACCUCGGCGGCACCAAGGAUGCGGUUCAGCUGAUGCUGAAGGCGACUAGCAAGAAGGAGAAGCUGAAGGUUGGCGGUCAGGCACUGGUGGAUCUGUCGGCGGAGUUGAUGGGGAUUAACAUGGUCAAGAGCAACUGUUUCUAA